UGCUGCUCCCCGCAGACAAAUCCCAGCUCCCAACAGAGCCUGCCGGCCGGAGCCCACAGCAACAAACAGGCAUCGUUUCCUCCAGUGCUUUAGUGUGAGAUGCAGCAGGGAUUUCCCAGUACGAAAGCCCUGAUGGCUGUGUGUCCUUCCGAGUGGUCCCAGCGGAGCGUUGCACGUGGCCUGCAGAGAGCAUUUGGAAAGCUGCCCAGUGCCGGGCUCCAGGUCACCCUGGCCGCUCUGCAGCCUUGGCGAUCACAGCCUGGGUCUUCCAUCCCGUUACCUGGCCCCUCCCAGUCCCUAGGGGAAAAGGAGAUCUUGACAUGCAAUGGGGACAAGUCUCAUCUGUUCUUGAUUCUAGAUGACGCUGAUGCUCCUUAUGCAGAGGAUUGGGUGGACACUGCUUUUGUGCCUCAGGGGAACCCCAGAGUGGGAAAGCAGCCCUGGCCACUCUUUGGAGGAGAGAACCUCUACGUUUGCCGUUUGGACCAUGUCUUUCCCCGACCUGCCACCAGUCCUCAAAGGUCACUGCAGAAAGACCAGGCGCCAAGGUGCAAUGGAAACUGUCCUCACCUGUGUCUGAUCACAUUUGUGCCUGCAGGUCUUCUCGGUGAAGUACCAAAGCGGAGUCCUGUUGCUGAGCAUGGACUGGAUGCCAGAGGUCCUGAGAUCUGGAAAGAGACAUCGAGAACUGGAAGAUACUCUCAGAGGCUCUCCCAUGUCCUGAAGAAAAUCAUGAAGGAGAAGGCAGCACACGAGGCAGACGGAGAGCCUGAGCACAGGGAUGCAUUUCAGGCAGGCAGCCGUCGCACAGCGCACGUCCCUCCGGGAGAAACAGAGGCCAAGCACACGACUGGCGCUCCAGUGCUGUUAGAGCCCCAGGAAGCCCAGUACAACUGGAUCCGUGGUUUUUUUCUGAAGAAUCCAGGUGUGGAUGACGAAGGACGUGCGAACACCAAGCAAGUUAAAGAUGCACAGAAGUUGUACCUGGAACUUGCCGCAUCUGUGCCGGUUUCCCUGUUGCUAGUGAUGAUUCUGUGCUGCGUUCUUUUCUGGUGGUGCAGGAAGAGGAAGCAGCGCCUCGCUGCAGCUGACGGAGCGCGGGACGAUAGCAGCAGCUACAGCUCGCCGUCAGAGGAGGAGUCUGCUGACCUCGAGUGGCCCGACAGACGGACAAACCACCAACCAUCUGUGAGGGAACAACCUGCCCACCAGCCGCAGGGCACCAGCAGAGCGGCCCCUGCCAGGCUGAACAGCCACCGGGCUCAGCUACCCCCGCCUCGACCCCCGCGGCCCCGCAUCCCGGGCUCUGCAUCGCGGGGGAUCAGCGACAGGCCCAGCAGCCCCCGGCCCCAGCGGGCAUCAACGCCGCCCCCUCGUCCUCCUCCACCAUCCUUCAAGGGACAGAAGGAACCAGCCGGGGGUCGAGGCUUGCGGUCAUCAGCCAGCACCAAACCGAUUGCUCCCCAGCAGAUGAGAAACAGGCCCAGCAGCCCCCGGCCGCAGCGGGCAUCAACGCCGCCCCCUCGUCCUCCUCCACCAUCCAUCAAGGGACAGAAGGAACCAGCCGGGGGUCGAGGCUUGCGGUCAUCGGCCAGCACCAAACCGAUUGCUCCCCAGCAGCUGAGCGACAGGCCCAGCAGCCCCCGGCCGCAGCAGGCAUCAACGCCGCCCCCCCGUCCCCCACCACCAUCCUUCAGAGGACAGGAGCGGUCUCCUCAGCAUGUCGGCUCGGGGGCAUCGUCCAGCACAUGGAUAACUGCUGCCUCGGGGGAGCCUGAGAGACCCAGCAGCCCCCAGCCCCCCCCGGCACCACCUCUGCCCCCCUCCUUCUCUCCAUCAUCCUUUAGGAGGUGGGAGCAGCGCCCCCAGGUUCUCAGCUCGGGGGCAUCAUCACACCCCUGGAAAACCACUGCCAGGGGGAAACAGACCAGGCCCGGCAGCCCCCAGAUCCCCCCAGCGCCGCCUCUGCCAUCCCCGUUCCCUCCAUCACCUGUCAGGGAAUGGAAGCGAUCCGCGCAGAGUGCCGACUUGGGGAAACGGUCCGACCGGACAGCCGCUGCCAGGGGGAAGCAGGACCGGCCCAGCAGCCCCCGGCCUCCCCGGGCGCCGUCACCAGCCUCCCGUUCCCCUCUGCGAUCCUUCAGGAGACGGGAGUGGCCCCCCCAGGCCUCCCCGCUGCCCUCCCCCUCCUCUCCACCAUCCUUUAGGAGGUGGGAGCAGCCCCCCCGGGGUCUUGGCCUGGGGGAAUUAUCCAGCAGACCGACAACUGCGGCCUGGGGGAAGCGUGAGCAGUUCAGCAGCCCACAGCCGCCCCGAGCACCAUCCUCUCCCUCCCCUCAAGCAUCUUUCAGGUGGUGGGAGUGGCCCCCCCGGGGCGUCAGCUCAGGGGCUUCAUUGGAUAACUGGAAGACCACUGCCAGGGGGAAACAGACCUGGGCCAGCAGCCCCCAGCACCCCCCAGCACUACAUCUGCCCUUCCGCUCCCCUCCACUCUCCAUUGGGAGGUGAGAGCACCCCCAGCAUGUGGGUUUGGGACACCGUCGGACAUCUGCAGAACCGCUGCUGUCAUGUACCUGAGAUUACCAAUAAACAACAUAACACCACA